AGAGUCGUCCCCCUCCUCCCGUCUAUAAAUUCCCCUCCUUCCCUCGUCUUUAUAUAGGAGGCAUCCAACCCAAAGAGGAGGAAGAACACCAAGGACUGACUGCCAGCGCCUCUCCGCGAUCCAAAUCCUCCCGGGAAAGUUCUUGGUUGAUCUCUUCCUCCUCGACCGCCUCCCAGGGUAUGCUCCCCUGCUCUGAUUCUUGGUUGAUCUCUAUGGUCUGUUGUUGAUCUGCAGUUAAGUUAUGUAUUAGGGCCCCCUUCUAGGGAGAGGAUCUGUAUGAUUAUGGAUCGAUCCUGUUCGUCUUCCGUGGUUCUUUCUUAAGCCGUUUAGGGUCGAGCCGUUUCUUGGUGUAGCUUUUGCCACUCUCACCAGGAGAUUUCAUGUCUGAUCUUGACGUUCAGAUCCCAACUGCCUUUGACCCCUUUGCCGAGGCGAAUGCUGGGGACGCUGGUGCAGCUGCCGGAUCAAAAGACUACGUUCAUGUACGCAUCCAGCAGCGUAAUGGUCGCAAGAGCCUGACCACUGUCCAGGGCCUGAAGAAGGAGUUCAGCUACAGCAAGAUCCUCAAAGACCUCAAGAAAGAGUUUUGCUGCAAUGGUACAGUUGUCCAGGACACAGAACUUGGACAGGUCAUUCAACUCCAGGGUGAUCAGAGGAAGAACGUCUCAAACUUCCUUGUCCAGGCCGGCAUUGUGAAGAAGGAACACAUCAAGAUUCAUGGUUUCUGAACAACUGCCAGCUCCAUAUCAGAGUCUACAUGCAAAGCAGCUAUAUAUUGGUGGUGCAGUAUAUUUAGUUGUGUGCUAGCGCAAGCAGGCGUUACCAGCUUGCGCGCUCUGAGUAUACGGAAAAUCUAGCAUAGCCCACCUCUCUGCGUGUAUGCUUGUUACCCUUGUGUUGAAACUUUGUAAGGAGCACCAUCGUUAGAUGGCUUGUUACCCUCUCCCAUCAAGGUUGAAUAAUAAUAUAUGCUUUCUUAAA